CUGUCCUCAAUCCUCAUUACAUCACAAACCACCUAGGUACCUCCUUAGUUUGUGGUGCUUCUAAUUUCCAAUUAACGUUCGUGAAACCAUCAAAAAUUCAUUGGGUCUAGAGUUGUAGUUCCACAUCAUUUUACAUUAGUUCCUUCAAUAUAUCAGUGCCAUACAACUGAGUAAACUUUGAAGAGAUUUUAAAUAGCCCACUAGAAUACUUGAUAGGCAUCGUCCACUGAUAGUGGACACCUUAGCUAGUUGUUUAGUGGUAGGCGCUCUUGCUUUUUUUCCUUGCUAACUGCUUCUGAACGACUAAUUUUCAAUAUCCUGACAUUUUCUCAUUUACAAAAACGCUGGGAUUUGGCAAUGGCAAAUACAUUGUAUAUGUAUAUACAAUCCAUACAUAUAUAUAUGUAUCCGCGAUUUCGAACGCGGAACAAGUUGACUAGUGUACGUAUGAGGGGGCUUGUAGCCAAACGAUAGAGCGCAGCUGUUGUUGGACGAGGAGCGUAAACGUUAGUGAAAAGGAUGGAAAGCCGGCAGCUAAAGUGAAAACGUUCACUGUUGCUACCCGAGAACAUAGGUCACGCUAGGUCGUUACCGUCCCGCUAUAGAAAGCGCUGCUUGUUCUGUUCGCACAGCUGAUUUUGCUUUGACACACUGCCGUACGCCAACCUAUUAUUACCGGCACCGUAUAUUGGCUAUUAUUGUUGCGGAGAACACAAGCGCAUUUGUUGUCACUGUUUUCGGCGAAUGGCCUGCAACUUUUGCGAAUACACGGUGCAAUUACUGUUCAGCAAUGAACUCGAUUACGAGUACGAUCCAACCUUAGACGAAGAUAACGAGCCAAUAGUCAGCGCUUUGUCGAAACGGUUAGAAGAAGAGCUCCGUGCGGCCAAAAGGACUCACCUGUCUUGCGGUGAGGUUCUUUUACCGUGCGGUCUUCUUCAAAGAAUAUCAAGGGACGUCCUAGUGAUGGCAGAUUCUGAACCUUGCGGGCUUCGAGGUUGCACCCUUUACUUCAAUUUCGCUAGCGACGAAGACAGCAGACGCUUAAGUACGGUGAAGUGCGAUCCAUACACCGCCAGCACAUUCGAACUGUAUCUCACGCUUAAGGAAAAUCCAAGGGGCUGGGACUCUUUCCUGCCGCAGUUCUUGAAAAAAAUAACGCGAGGCGGCACGGUAAUGAUCAGUUCUGAAUAUGAAUUAACAAAGAAGAAAUUGUAUAGAUCGUACGUCGACUGAAUCGGCAAACGGAGAGCCCGAAUCGUCGAGUCCGUCGCUUUGCUUAUAUGCCAAGACUGAAUAUUAAAAAAAGUAAAACGAUCACCGCAUCAUCUCAUAAAUAUUCAUGGAUAAAUAAUCGUGUUUGUUUUUAUACUGCGAAAUGAUUUUUAAGUUAAUUUCUCAUUGUCACUCAUCAUAUAUAUAUAUAUUAUAUUCUCAUCAUUUAAUAAUAUUGUUGUCCGUAGUAUUAAAUGUGGGAUACCGACCGCGUGCGGUUUCCUCAGGUGUGAUAGUAGAUACACGUAGGGACUCUAAAUGUAUAUUAAUAAUUACAAAAAACUAAAAUUCGUAGAAAUUUAAGGAUCGCAAUAAAAAUCAACAAUCUUGUGAGGAGGCGUAGUAGGAGCAUGCCUGUGCCACCCCGUUCGAGGGGUUUUGUAACGACGAAUUUAUUUUGUGUCGGUGAUAAGAUGAUGUGUUUUCCGAUUAAAUUUUGACCUGAGAAUUUAUGUUUAAGUUUGUGAUAUUAGUUACGGUAAAAUAUUUUUUUUUGUAAGCGCGGUCGCCGGUGUUCACCUCGGCAUUUUGCCCCCUUUCGACUCUGCUCGAAUGGGGUGCAAAUUCCGCUGAGGAAUGGUUGCAAGAAAUCAGUAUUUUCAACCGGCGUUCUCGCACCAAAGGUGACUGUAUGUGAUCUCAGUGAUUUGUAUUCUUAAAAAUUCAAAGUUAGGUCUUCUUGUAUGUCGUAUACGCCGGUCAAGAGACUGUUUUUUUUUUUUUUAAUUAUUUUAAUGGAUUUUAGUGGUAAGGGUUAUCUCACUCAGUGUGAUAGUGCAGGUAACUGUACAGUUCUCAAGCUUUUUAAUUUUUAUAUCGGUAAUGUGAAAAUACGAUGAUAUAUUAUAGAUUUAUAAAAGAUGUUUUAUAACAAACAAAUACAAAUAAUACCAUUUUUUUGAAAUGAA